GAAACCCAAAAACUUAAACCGUGGGGGAGGGUUUCAUGAUAACCAUUCCCGGUCAUUCUCCCAUUCUCUUCAGGGAAUCACCACAAAGUUCCUCGUCGGAUAAAAGAGGGCUGUCGGAACCCUAAUCUGCAGAUCAUCUUGGCGGAUCACUCGACGUGCGGUACCUGCUUGGUGAUGGACGAUUAUGCAAUCGUUUCGGAUACCCCACAGAUGCUUCCACCUCCACCUGGCAGUUUCCUCGAUCGUGAAGAACUUAUCCAACAUGUUGGGGAGUUUGGUGUCUCUCAGGGAUAUGUUGUAACUAUUAAGCAAUCUAAAAAGGAGAAAGUUGUAGUUCUUGGAUGCCAAAGAGGAGGUGUUUAUAGAAACAGGCGUAAAACAAUUGAUGAAGGGACGGGUGAACUUGUUCGCAAAAGAAAGUCUGGUUCCCGGCUUACAAAUUGUCCUUUCGAACUAGUGGGUAAAAAGGAUGAUGGUUUUUGGGUACUUACAGUUAAAAAUGGUUCUCACAACCACGAACCUUUAAGUGAUAUCACACAACAUCCAUCUGCUCGCCGCUUUACAGAGAAUGAGGUAUUGCUUAUCAAGGAGAUGACAGAAGCUGGUCUAAAACCACGCCAAAUUUUAAAGAGAUUGAGACAGCACAACCCAGAGCUUUUAUCAACUCCAAAGCAUGUUUACAAUAUUAAAACCAAGCUUCGUCAAGGAAAUUUUACAGCUAGGAGAUAUAAAACAUUGAGACCUCAGACUUCAGCUCAAGGAAACUCUAAUUCUUCAACAACUUCAGAGCCAUCUUGGAGACAGCGUUAUCCUCCAAGGGUACCGAAUUUCAUUGGUGGCAUGUUUAUAGACUCACAAUCCAGAACAUCUAUUGAUGUCAUAAACCCUGCAACUCAACAAGUGGUCUCUCAGGUUCCUCUAACCACCGGUGAAGAGUUUAGGGCAGCAGUAUUUGCAGCAAAAUGUUCUCUUCCAUCAUGGCGAAACACACCUGUCAUGACUCGUCAACGUAUCAUGUUCAAGUUUCAGGAACUUAUUCGUAGAGACAUUGACAAGAUUGCACAAAAUAUAACUUCAGAGCAGGGAAAAACGUUGAAGGAUGCACGUAAUGAAAUGCUCCGUGGGCUUGAGGUGGUUGAACAUGCUUGCGGGAUGACAAAUCUCCAAACGGGGGAAUUUGUUUCUAACAUACGAAGCGGAGUUGAUAGCUACAGCCUGAGGGAACCGCUUGGUGUUUGUGCUGGAAUAUGUCCUUCUAACUUUCCAGCGUUAGUUCCGUUGUGGAUGUUUCCAAUUGCAGUGGCAUGCGGUAAUACAUUUAUUCUUAAGCCCUCAGAGAAAGAUCCAGGGGCAUGCAUGAUACUUGCAGAAUUAGCAAUGGAGGCUGGCUUGCCCAACGGUGUACUAAAUAUAGUUCAUGGAACCAAUGAUAUUGUGAAUGCCAUCUGUGAUGACGAUGAUAUUAAAGCUAUAACAUUUGUUGGUCCAGAUUCUUCUGGUUCACAUAUUCAUGCAAGAGCGUCUUCUAAUGGCAAACGUGUUCAGUCAAAUAUUGGUGCAAAAAACCAUGCAAUUGUCAUGCCUGAUGCAAAUAUGGGUGCUACCUUGGAUGCUCUUGCUGCUGCUGGAUUUGGUGCUGCAGGACAAAGGUGUUCAGCACUGAGUACGGUUGUAUUUGUCGGAGGUUCAAAAUCAUGGGAAGAAAAACUAGUUGAGCGUGCCAAAGCCCUUAAAGUAAAUGUUGGAACUGAUACCGAUGCAGACCUUGGUCCUGUGAUUAAUAAAAUGGCAAAGGAAAAGGUAAAUAGAUUAAUCCAAACGGGUAUUGAUGUUGGUGCUAGAUUAAUUCUGGAUGGUAGACAUAUUGAGGUUCCAAAAUAUGAGAUGGGCAAUUUUGUCGGUCCCACCAUCUUAUCUGAUGUUACAGAUGGCAUGGAGUGUUACAAGGAGGAGAUUACUGGCCCGGUCCUUCUCUGUUUGCAGGCUGACAGCUUAGAGGAAGCCAUAAGUAUUGUGAACAGAAAUAGGUAUGGCUUCGGUGCUUCAAUAUUCACCAAAAAUGGUGCAUCAGCAAGGAAAUUCCAAACAGAGAUAGAAGCUGGGCAGGUUGGUGUAAAUGUCCCUGUCCCAUCCCCGCUGCCCUUUUUCUCAUUUACUGGAACGGAGGCAUCUUUCUCAGGAGACCUGAACUUCCCUGGCAAGUCUGGAGUUCACUUUUAUACGCAGAUUAAGACAGUGACUCAACAAUGGAAGGAGUUCAGGUGUAACGAUGAAAUACCCCUCGAAAUGCCUCCAACCAAUUUCCAAAGUAGUGAUGGAACAUCUUUAUUAUUACCAACCCACAAUUUCCCCAAUACCGACGAUAGAGGACCUCUGGCAUCCCCAUCAGAUAAUCUUCAAUGUGACAAUGGACCGUCCUUUGCUAUGCCACAUAAGGAUUUCCAAACUGGUGAAGCCGUGUCCCUAGGCUUGCAGCUAAGAGAUUUCCAAAAUAGUGAUGGAGUAUCUCCUGCACUGCUGAUGUCUGAUGGAUCACAGGACCCAAAGUUCUUGAGCCAUUUUCUUAACUGGAGCCGAAAUGCACAAUAGCUUUCGAGCGAGUUGGGAUUGUGGGAAGCUGUUGGAGGAUAUUAGGUUUCCAGCAUUGAGUUGUAGUGUAAAGGUGUAGUUUUCUCAUGUGAAGUAACAGGUCAUGGAUAUCAGGACUCGUGCUUAGUCGAUUGUCGAACAAGCUUGAGUUAGCUAUAAUAAUCAUGAAUGUAGCUAAGCUUGAUCGAGUUCUGAGAUUGGUGUUAUAUGUCAAUUAUUCAUGUUAAAUGAAUGGGUGGAUUUAGUA